UCUACAUUUCUUUCUAGGGUGUAGCAGCUACUGAAGUAAAGAUUUAAAGGAGGUCUGAUGACAACGAAAGGAAACUUUCCUGUGACAGCAGGAUCUAUAGUUGUCCCUUAUGGGCACGUGAUUGGAAAUGAGAAGUGGAGAGGGUCAGAGAUAGCCCAAAGGCUACAAGGGAAAAUUAGACUCAUCUUUGAAGAUGGCUUGGGACUUGUGGAUUUUCAUCUUUCAAACAGAACUUGUGUUUUAUAUAUUUCUGAAGCAGAUUUGGUUGCAGGAGAUGAAUUCAAGCGAAGAUUGGUUCGGUUUAGAAAUGCCAGCAGUCUUGGGGGAAUUGUGAUUGUGGAGAGAACCCAAAUAAGUGAUCAGUAUUUCUUAGCAGUACAAAAGCUUGUUGUGCUAGAACUUGGAAUGGUGUUGCUCCCUGUGGCAAAUCAAGGAGAAGCUUCUCAACUUAUUACUCAGCUAGUCCGUGAACAAAGUAAGGAUCACAACAGUAACCCCUUUCUUCGUAAACAGUGUUCUCAGUUGGCAGAGCCAUUAGUGUUUCGAACGGUGCAACAAAUUCCAGGCGUUGGGAAAACAAAAGCUCUGCUUUUGCUGCAACAGUUUGGAAGCAUCCACCGACUUUGUAACGCAUCUGUCGAAGAGCUGGAACUAGUAGUUGGACAAACGGUAGCACAACAAAUUCACACUUUUUUAUGUUCCUGA